UGCCCGUGCCCGUCACAGCGGCAGUGCUCGCUCAGUCGACUUCUGGCCGUAGCGAGCGUUGGGCAAGCGCUUGUAUCGUGUGCGUUUUCCUAGUUUUUUAAGUGUCGAUUUUGCUUUUAAUUUGUGUUAUUCCUGACGACUGGGAGUUGCAGAAAAUUCGCUGGAUUUUUAAAAUUGAUUAAGACCUGUUGCAAAGAUGGGGGCGUUGUUCCGCAGCGAGGAAAUGGCCCUCUGCCAGCUGUUCAUUCAGCCAGAGGCUGCCUACCCAUCCAUAGCCACCCUGGGAGAGGCGGGUAUCGUGCAGUUCCGAGACUUGAACUCAGAUGUGAAUGCAUUCCACCGCAAGUUCGUGUCUGAGGUUCGCCGGUGUGAUGAGAUGGAGCGAAAGCUGCGUUACAUUGAGGCAGAAGUGCGCAAGGACAAUGUUACCAUCCCAGAGUCUUCUGUCAACCCCCUAGCCCCAAAUCCUCGAGAGAUCAUAGAUCUUGAGGCUCACUUAGAGCGAACUGAAAGUGAGAUAUUGGAAUCAAGCCACAAUGCUGUUAACCUCAAGUUUAACUACCUUGAACUGACAGAGCUCAAACACUUGUUGGAGAAGACUCACAACUUUUUUCAAGAGACUGUUUCUUUCCAACAGCAAGAAGGUGGAGGCGACUCGCUCACCAAAGCUCUGAUCGCCGAUGACAGUCAGCAAGUCUCCCGCGGACGCCUCGGGUUUGUAGCAGGAGUGGUACCUCGUGAGCGAGUACCCGCAUUUGAGCGUAUGUUGUGGAGAAUCUCAAGAGGAAAUGUGUUUCUGCGUCAGGCAGAGCUCGAAGAGCCUUUGGAAGAUCCAAACACUGGCAAUCCUAUCUGGAAGACAGUGUUUGUUGCAUUUUUCCAAGGAGAACAGCUCAAGUCAAGAGUGAAGAAGGUUUGCUCUGGGUUCCAUGCUUCAUUCUACCCGUGCCCCUCGACCUACGCUGAAAGACAAGAUAUGGUGAAAGGUGUAAAAGCUCGUCUAGAAGAUCUCAGCUUGGUUCUGAACCAGACAAAAGAUCAUCGGCAGCGAGUGUUGGUGAGUGUAGCCAAGGAACUGCACAACUGGAGUGUGAUGGUACGAAAGAUGAAAGCCAUCUACCAUACACUGAACCUCUUCAACAUGGACGUCACCAAGAAGUGUCUCAUCGGAGAGUGCUGGGUACCAGUCAAGGACUUGGCCACUGUCCGCAAAGCUCUUGCUGAUGGAAGUAGUGCCGUGGGCAGUUCAAUUCCUUCAUUUUUGAAUGUUAUUGAGACUUCAGAAGACCCUCCAACUUUCAAUCGUACAAAUCGAUUUACUCAGGGCUUCCAGAACCUCAUUGAUGCCUACGGUAUUGCAACCUAUAGGGAAGUCAAUCCAGCUUUGUACACUAUCAUCACGUUUCCCUUCUUGUUUGCCAUUAUGUUUGGAGAUGCUGGCCACGGAGUCAUUUUGGCUAUUUUUGGAGCAUACAUGGUCAUAUGGGAGUCUAGUUUAAUGAAAAAGAAAUCCAACAAUGAGAUCUGGAAUAUAUUCUUCGGAGGACGUUACAUAAUCCUCCUAAUGGGUCUGUUCUCCAUCUACACUGGAAUAAUCUACAAUGAUGUCUUCUCUAAAAUGGUCAAUGUUUUUGGAUCCAGCUGGAAACUCAAUUAUACAAAAACAGAGUAUAUGGAAAACAAGGAUAUGACACUGGAUCCCCGUUUUGAGUACACCCAGUUUCCAUACCCCGUUGGAUUGGACCCCGUUUGGCAGUCAGCAGCAAACAAGAUUGUAUUUUUGAACUCCUACAAGAUGAAGCUUUCAAUCAUAUUUGGAGUCUGCCACAUGAUGUUUGGAGUCACUCUCAGUGUGAUCAAUCAUUUACAUUUCCGUAAACCUAUGAAUAUUCUCUUGGAGUACCUUCCCCAAAUGAUUUUCUUGACUCUGCUCUUCUUCUACAUGGUGGCAAUGAUGUUCAUUAAGUGGAUUUUGUAUGCACCUCAAAAUGAAUUGAAGACAAGUCCAAGAUGCGCUCCAUCAGUUCUAAUUUUGUUUAUCAACAUGAUGCUUUUCAAGCCAGGGUCACCUUUUGAAGGCUGUGAUGAAUUCAUGUUCCCUUACCAGAAAGACGUACAAGUAGCCUUUGUGCUGAUAGCCUUCCUGUGCGUACCCAUCAUGCUGUUCGGUAAACCCAUUUAUCUGCUGUGCUGUGGAGGAUUAAAGAAACAUAAGAAAGUUCCCGUCUCUUAUACUGAGCAGGCUGCCAGCAAUGGUGAUCUACGAGAAGGGAUUGAACUACAGCCAGCAGGACCAGCACAGGCAGCCGAACCAGAAGAACCGAGUGAAGACGAGCAACCGGCUGAAAUAUUCAUUCACCAAGCUAUCCACACUAUAGAGUAUGUGCUGAGUACAGUCAGCCACACGGCAUCAUACUUGAGAUUGUGGGCUUUGUCCCUGGCUCAUGCUCAGCUUUCUGAGGUACUUUGGAGUAUGGUGCUGAGGAAAGGACUGGAAUCAGAAAGCUACACUGGUGCUAUAAUCCUGUACUUCUCAUUUGGUGCAUGGGCUCUAUUCACGGUGGCUAUCCUGGUCAUGAUGGAGGGGCUCUCAGCCUUCUUACAUACACUUAGGCUGCACUGGGUGGAAUUUAUGAGUAAAUUCUACGUGGGUAGUGGAUACUUGUUCCAACCCUUCUCUUUUAAACACAUCUUAGAAGCGGAACAGACUGAAGAAGAUUAAACAGAAUUCAGUUCAUGCUAGGAGCCUUUCGCUGUUUACUUUAUAACUAAAAACUAAGCAAUAAAUGAAGAUAUUUUUACAUAUUUUAUAAACAUCUUUUGAUGUGAAUUUUAAUUUUGAAAUAUUAUCAAACUCAAUUACAUUCCUUUAAAAAAUGUGUUGUUAUUUUAUUGAUUGUUUUAGCCUUUAAUUGCUUAACUGGUGCUACUAUUAGUAGUUUUACUCUCCAACGAAUUGCCUUUUAUGGGACCAAUAAACACCUAUUUGUUGCAAAUUGCUUGCAUACUUUUUAAGAUUGUUUGACUGUUUUCUUAUACGGUUUGUUAAUAUUUUUACAGACAUUCUCUAAAUAAGACUUGUAUUACUCUUGUUUUGUUGUUGUCUUUCUCAGCUUUACUCAUAAGAGUACUUACUGUUCAGUAUUAAUUCAAAUAAAUUGUGAACUGUUUAUAGUAUUUUUAUUCUAUAGAUGUUUUGGGUCUUGUAGUUGCGGGUUGUACAAGUUAGGUCAAUAAAGACAUGUCUUGCAA